AUUUCAUGUUGAUUUUGUUUGUGUUGUUAAAGGAUUUUACUUUAAUUUAAUUUCAUAAUGUUGCCUUCCGACGUAGCAUUUAUGACGUAAUUUAUCUCGUGAUAUACACACACACUGUUAAUCAUCUUACGUGUUUCAGGCCGAGAUGGCGCUAGCAGCAGCGCCCGUUCUUCUGGUGAUUACACUCUGCUACUUGCAUGGAGCAUGGUCGACAGAACCGAUGAUGUUUGGGGGUGCUAUGUCUGGGAUGGGUGUUGGAAUGAAUCCCAUGGGAGGCAAAUUUGCAGUGAAGAACGCUAUCAGAACCAAUAUACAGAUGCUGUCCAAACAACUAGCUAGUAUGGAGAGAAUGCACAGCCCUAUGAUUAGAAACCCAUUUAUGAAUAAGAAACCAAUCAUUCCACCCAAGAAACCUUUCUUCCCUAAAAAGCCGAUCCUUCCAAAGAAGCCAAUAUUUCCACCCAAGAAGCCAAUGUUUCCAAAGAGGCCGAUCUUUCCGAAGAAGCCAAUGAUUCCACCGAAGAAGCCAAUGUUUCCAAAGAGACCGAUCUUUCCGAAGAAGCCAAUAUUUCCACGCAAAAAGCCAAUGUUUCCAAAGAGGCCGAUCUUUCCCAAGAAACCUAUAAUCCCUCCUAAGAAGCCGAUGUUCCCAAAGAGGCCGAUCUUUCCGAAGAAACCUAUAAUCCCUCCUAAGAAGCCGAUGUUCCCAAAGAGGCCGAUCUUUCCGAAGAAACCUAUAAUUCCUCCUAAGAAGCCAAUGUUUCCAAAGAGGCCGAUCUUUCCCAAGAAGCCAAUGUUUCCAAAGAGGCCGAUCUUUCCCAAGAAGCCAAUGUUUCCAAAGAGGCCGAUCUUUCCCAAGAAGCCAAUGUUUCCAAAGAGGCCGAUCUUUCCCAAGAAGCCAAUAUUUCCACCGAAGAAGCCAAUGUUUCCAAAGAGGCCGAUCUUUCCCAAGAAACCUAUACUCCCACCAAAGAAGCCAAUGUUUCCUAAGAGGCCGAUCUUUCCCAAGCAGCCAAUAUUUCCGCCCAAGAAGCCCAUGUUUCCAAAGAGGCCGAUCUUUCCAAAGAAGCAAAUGAUUCGACCAAAGAAGCCAAUGUUUCCUAAGAAGCCGAUCUUUCCCAAGAAGCCAAUAUUUCCUAAGAGGCCGAUCUUUCCCAAUAAGCCAAUUUUUCCACCCAAGAAGCCAAUGUUUCCAAAGAGACCGAUCUUUCCCAAUAAGCCAAUGAUUCCACCAAAGAAGCCAAUGUUUCCAAAGAGACCGAUCUUUCCUAGAAAGCCAAUAUUUACACCGAAGAAGCCAAUGGUUCCAAAGAGACCGAUCUUUCCUAGGAAGCCAAUAUUUACACCUAAGAAGCCAAUGUUUCCUAAGAGACCGAUCUUUCCAAAGAAGCCAAUGAUUCACCCAAGAAAGCCGAUUUUUCCGCAAAAGAAACCGUUUAUUCCCAAGAAGCCAUUUAUACCACGAAAGAAACCAUUCAUCCCAAAGAAGCCGUUUAUACCCCAAAAGAAGUUUUUCAUUCCACGGAAACCGUUCAUUCCACGAAAGAAACCAUUUAUUCCUAUGAAGCCGUUUAUACCGCAAAAGAAACCAUUCAUUCCGUUCAUUCCUAGGAAAACAUCGUUUAUGCCGAAGAGACCAUUUUUUCCAAAUGGCCUUCCUGGGAUGGGUAUUUUCGGACAAAAGGGACCUACUUAUAACUCUGUGAUGAAGCCAAAAAAAUUCAUGAUACCUAAACAAUCCAUUGCCAAAAACCCAUUUAAAGGAAAACCUAAGUUUAUGCCAAACAGAAUUGGAGAUUCAAUAUUUUGGUAAAUGAAUUUAUACAGCUACACAAUACAACAUUUGUACCAGAACUUGACUUUUAGGGGCUGGUAUUGAACUGUCUCAUUAAAAUUGAUUUUGUUUGUAUGUAACGUUGACAUGACCAUAUGAGGAUGUUAUGUUUGUGAAGGAACUGUAUUCCUUUAAGAAAUGCUCGAAAACUUGUGUUAUACACAGAUGUCGUAUUCUGUGAUCAUGCAGCUUGAAAUGUUGUCACAAAACCUUUGACGUAGCUUACCCUUACACUUAAGCAAUAAUUUAUUUCAUUGAAUACGAAAAAUGCGUUGCUAAAUUAAUAAAACAUUAAACUUCAAUUUCCUGUUUGUUGACAUUAUAUAGUUUAAUAAAAUUGUGCUGAGAAAACA